ACCAACUCCUUCUCCUGUCCCACAGAUCCGGACUGCUGCAGCUGGCAACGUCCACGCAGAUGGUCCCUGGAAGAGAGAGCUUCUCUCGUUGCGCUGGGAUGCUUUGAAUGCCAGGUUCCGCGGUCUGUCACAGCAAUCUGGCCAGCCCAGGACUGACCUCCUGUCCCUUCCAGAAGAGCGACGGCACUUUCAGAGGAGCAUCGCCGCCACCACCAACUGGGACGUGCAGUCAAGACUACCUUGCACCUGCUCCUGGGAAAAGACGCCUGGUGAUGGUCCUGGCCUGAAGGGAACAUCUCCUGUCUUGCAAAGCUCCUCACUCGAAGCCUGAGAACUUCUCUGCCUUCUGCGCCCAUGCCAGAGUGGACCUGCUCUGAGGUCUGGUGGUCCACAGCCAAAGAGAGAGGUGCCAGCAAGGUUUGACAAAGAGGGUGCUGAGUGGAGAGGAAUCUACCCAGGCCUACACUCCUGCUGAGCAGGCUUGGGUUCUAUAGAAGCUACAAGGUGGGCUGAAAGGACUCCCCAUGGUGAGACGGGGCAAACCAAGCAUGGUAGGAGAUCGUCAACCCUUUGAGAAAGAAGGUGUGAAAGCCUGCUUUGGUCUCACUGCCUGUCAGAGAGCCUGCUAAGGCCUGAGAUUGAUAAGACCCCUUGCUUAGGCUGCAAAACACCACCGCCCACCUCUUUGGCCCUGGAGGCUCCUGGUUCAGCUCCCAGCCUGGCAGGGCCUCUGCAAGGGGAGCUGUGACAGCUUUGCAAGCUGGAAGGAGAGGCAGGUCAUGAGAGAGACCAAGGGCUGAGAUGCUUCCUCUCAGUGACUGGGCCAGGACAGCAGAGGGCAGCCCCACCCCGUGCAAAGAGAGAUGCUAGCGCUGGACUGGAGUUGGUUCGCCCCCUUCCUUGCAUCCUCGGGGAGAUGGAUUCCUUCUGUUUCGCCUGCUUUCAGAAGGAGGAGCUGCAGCCCUUGCAAGUGAACAGUGUGACCAUGAGUGCGGGCUCUAUUGAGCAGGAACCAACACGCAAGCUGGCUUGCUGUGGGGUCCCCCUCAUCACGGAGGACAUGCAGUCACUGGCCAUCCGCACGCUGUCCGGCACAGACAUCAACAAACACUAUGACCUCAUCCGUGAGCUGGGAAAAGGGACCUACGGCAAGGUGGACCUUGUUUCCCACAAGAGCACAGGCACCAAGAUGGCGCUGAAGUUUGUCAACAAGAACAAGACGAAGCUGAAGAAUUUCCUGAGGGAGUUCAGCAUUACCAAUACACUCUCCUCAAGCCCCUUUAUCAUCAAGGUCUUUGAUGUGGUCUUCGAGACGGAGGACUGUUACGUGUUCGCCCAGGAAUAUGCACCUGGCGGAGACCUCUUUGACAUCAUUCCGCCACAGGUGGGGCUUCCUGAGGACAUGGUGAAGCGCUGUGUGCAGCAGCUUGGCCUGGCCUUAGAUUACAUGCACAGCAAAAACUUAGUCCACCGGGACAUCAAGCCGGAAAACGUCCUCCUCUUCGACCGCGACUGCCGGCGUGUCAAGCUGGCCGACUUCGGCAUGACGCGCAAAGUGGGGUGCCGGGUGAAGCGCAUCAGCGGGACCAUCCCGUACACGGCGCCCGAGGUGUGCCAGGCCGGCCGGGCCGAGGGCUUCACCGUGGACACCAGCAUUGACGUGUGGGCUUUCGGGGUGCUCAUCUUCUGCGUGCUGACAGGCAACUUCCCCUGGGAGGCAGCCUCGGCCUCGGACACCUUCUUUGAGGAGUUUGUGAGGUGGCAAAAGGGGCGCCUGGCGGGGCUGCCCUCCCAGUGGCGCCGCUUCACGGACAACGCGCUGCGGAUGUUCCAGCGCUUGCUGGCCCUGGACCCGGAGAAGCGCUGCCCUGUGAAGGAGGUCUUCUUCUUCAUCAAGUAUGACCUGAUGUCGGAGGUGCGGCGCCGGCCCUCCUACCGCUCCCGCAAGCACACCGGAGACAAGCUCUCCGCCGGCCCUCACCGCCACGAGACGCCCAGCACUUGCACCCCGACCCCCCUCAAGAGGACCAUCCUGACAGAAGGCAGUGUCUCCCGGCUGUCUGCCUCAGAGUCUGGCCUCCCUUCCCCCGGGGCGGGAAGCAGGACUGAUGGGCGGCAGGACAAAGGCAAAGGCCAGAUGGUCCUGGCCACAGCCAUCGAGAUCUGCGUCUGACGAGGGUGUGGCAGGCCCCUCGGUGCCUCACGGCCUGCAGUUAAGAUGUCAGCACUGCAAUGCCCUCUCCUGCUCUGGGACAGGCUGCGUGCGAACGGAAUCCAUUUUGGGGACCAGGAUCCAUGUCUUUCGAAGCAAAAAAACAACAACAACGAAAAACAGGGGUAGUGGGGGAAGAGGAUAGAAAAUGUGGCUUUCCGUUUUCCUCAGACAAGGAUGUCCAUGGUUGUCUGAGGCCACAGGUGAAGAAAGGGCUUCUCUCCUCAUUCACUUGAAGACUGGGAGCUGCGGGCUGGAUUAAGGGACUGCUGAGUCGGUGGCAGGAGAAGACGGAGCCCAUAGCGCCUCAAGGAUGAACAUCUGAGGGAAUCGGGACUUUGUCUCUGAAGGGAGGGGAGGGAAACCCAGUUGGCCGGUGGCUUUCUCUUUUUGCCCAUCAGGAAUAGCGUUGAGAUGGUUUCUGAGCGGGGAUCCUAGCGAUGAAAAUAAUAAUAAUAAUGGAUUGGGUUGGGGGUUGGGGUGGAGGGGCAGAAGUGGGGGCAGAAGAGCCCCAUUGAUCUGGCAAGCAGUUUCUUUCUGGGCCUGCUGGGAUAGAGUUGGUGGUAAGCAAAGAGGCUGGGGCUGGUUGUUUAAAUCAUCCGGAGCCUCUUUGCUGGGCAUCAACUGGCUUACAGCGCCCCUACGCCUGGUUGCCAGGGGGUGAAGUCAGAACAGACUCCCAGAAAAAGAGGCUGGUGAGCUCCGUGUGCUGGGGGAGGGCUGUCUGUUGAAUUGGCACUUGUACUGGAUCCAGCUUCCAAUUCCAAUAGCAAGGGGGGAACAGGGAUCCCAGCUGAAACCGACACGUAGCACAGCUAAUAUCACUUCCUGAGGAAGUGGCGGGGAGAGUCGUUUUUAUUUCUGACUGGCGCUAACCCCCCAGGUGUGAGCAAAGUGCAGCAUCAGGGCAAUCCGGGGACCACAGAGAUAUCACAGUGAUGCCAUUGGUGCCACUGAUGUAGCAAGUGUUUCCUGUGUCAACGUGUGCAUGUGGCUGUAUGUAAAUGUGUCUCUACAGUCUGGAUGUUCGGGUCAGUCGUCCACUGUUGGCCACGUGGCCAUCGCCCCUGAGGAAAAGGCUUGGGUGUUUGAGCCGAAUGAUGGGGAGGACAAAGGGGAAGCCAUUUUGUGUGAGGCCACCACCCGCCUGUGAUCACAACCAGGCAUGCGCACUGCAAGAGGUGCGCGUGUGAGGGGAAGGGCACUCUGUGUGGGAGCACAAGCUUCUUCCUGCAGCGCACUGGGAGUUCACAGCUCAGACAGGGCUCUCUAGUUCAGGGGUGGGCAAUCUUUUUCCUUCUCAAGAACUGCAUUCCUUCCAUUGAGGUGGGGGACACACACACCUUGAAAGCGGGUGGAACAGGAGUCAAAAUCAGGCAGGGCCAGGGCCAAAGGUGAAUAUGGCUACCCUAUCUUUCUCUCUUUCUACCAUCCCCUUUUCUCUCUCUUUCUGUUGCUCCCUGUCUUUCUUUUUUCAGUCACCCCCUUUUUUCUCUCUCUGCCACCCUUUCUUUCUGCUGCCCUCUUUUCUCUCUUUUUACCACCCUCUUCCUCUCUUUCUUCUUCCCCCUUUGCUCUCUCAUUUCCUCUCUCUUUCCGUCAUCACCUUACACCUCCACCCUUCACCCAUGUGAAAUUAGGCCAAGAUUCCCAUGUGGCCCUAGGGCCACAACUUGCCCACCCCUGGUCUUGUUGAACACCAGUCCAAUAAGGAGCAAUUGGGCAGAAAGUUUCAGGGUAUGUAUGGCAUACACCUAGGGUAUGACUUACCCCUUGGGUAAGACUGGGUAGCUUCAUAAGAAUGUAUUGAGCAUCAGAGAAGCUCUUGAACCGAGGCCUGCUAAACUCUUUUAUGGUUUUCUAACUGGCCUAGCUUUUAUAUAAAGAGAAGAAUCCUAUAUAAAACCUGAGUUGGAGCAACGGCUUAGGAUUCUAGUAUGCUGGAAAACAUGGACAUCUAAACAUCACAGGAGCCAGGACUAGAGCCCAUCCGAGAGGGAGCAAUGCCCUGUGCCUAAUGGAGACCCUCAGAUGACACUAAGGGCUGCCAGUUCAUACUGCCCAUCUCUCUGGGCUGACUUUAUAAUCAGGAUUCUGGUACAGAUAUAUUCUUUGGGACAGGGUAGGGUGUGGGGAAGAAAGGUAGGGAGGGUCAUCACAGUAUAGUGUAGACUGUGCUAAAACAACAUUGCCCAUGGCAAAAUGUCCCCAUAACCCACUGGCCGCAGUUGGAUGGGGAAAUCAGUUGAGAAUGAAGACCAAAGGCCGUGCCUGUGCGUUGUGGGAAGCCACAGGGGAAUGGAUCUGCUUUCAAUUCAACUAGGGCUUAGGAGGCAAACGGCGAGGAUUUUUGACCUUUCCACAACGGGGCUCCUAGCGACGAGACGCCCUCCUUUCACCAAGGGCUUAGACCAACACUGACCUCCCUUUGCUGUCGACUUGAACCCCUUGAGCUGUGGGGAGGCCUUGCUCCCGGGAGUCACGGUAGUCACCCCUUGGUGCUGUUCCUUUGGGGAGGGUCAACUCUGUAGAGGAAGGCAGGCCUUUUGCAGUGUCUCUCUGAUAAAGCCAAGUCUGUUGUUGCGUCUCCUCCCUUCGUCCCCCUUCGCUUGCCUCGCCUCCCAUUUCCCAACCUAGGUGAGAAUGGCCCUGGGCAGAGCGGCUCAGCUCAGCCCUUCGCUUCCUGUGGGGUCGUACACACUCAUCUCUCCUCCGAGCCAGACUGCGGGCCUGCCGGGUGUGUCUUGUGUGUGUCUCAACCUCCCCAGGGUUCCAUCCUUUCCACACAAAGGGCUAAAACGCUAUUUCCGAAGCAACAAGCAGUUUACAAAAUCUCAAAAGUGGCUGCCCGCCACCACUUCCCCACCCCUUCCCAACUCGAGGGGGCACUGCCCAGCAGCUGGUAUUUAACCAGAUUGUGUGUGAGUGUGCGUGUGCGUGCAUUUGUGUGUGAAAAAGGCAAGGGUGCACUUUCUGUGUCAUCAGUGCCAGCUGGCGACUCCCGUUCGUCCCACAACCCCAGUUGUCUGUAAGCUCCGGAUAACACAGCAGCCUGAGGUGACCAAGCGCAACCUUACCGUGGCUCCAUCCUCUUAGCCCAGACCCUGACCAGGGUUGUGGGAGGGUGGAAGAGAGUGUAUGUGAGAGACACCACUUUAACUGCCUUUACCGCUGCCUCCUUUCAGGCAAGCUCUGCGUGUUGGGGGUGCACCAGGCAAUUCCUGACCUCCUUUGGUAUGACCUGGCACACCCCACCACUCCUCUCUUCGCCAAUUCGUAGUCCCCGCUUGUUAAUCCGUAUGUCUUGACUUCCCAAGUGGGCGCAGCUGUUUCCCCUCCCUUUCUCCUUGGCGUCACUGCCGCCAUCUUGUCUCUGUGUGGGGUGGCAGCCGAGGCUAGACUUUUUUUAGAAAUAGGCAUUGCACAGAAUUUUUAGAUAUUAGCCGCAACGUCUCCUUUUUGCCUUAGGUUCCAAUUGUCCUUGAUCUUUUGUGCAAUAAUGUAGAUAAGGAUUAAGAACACCAUAUAGACCUUGUUUUGGUUUAUUUUUAUUUUUUGAAUUGUUUUGAGGGGGGGAAUUGAGGGGGAAGGUUGGGGAUGUUGGGAAUGGGGUCCGUUGGGUGCGCGCGAGUGUGACAUGUUUUCCAUUAUCCUUGUUCUUGGUCUUUGUUUUCCCUUCUGUUGCCCGUCCACUUUUGGACUUGCUCCCCUCACCAUAUAAGAGGUUUUCCCCCUCCCCGUAUCAAACAUGAAUUACCUCAGUUUCUGUCACAAUUGAGAAGGAAAGCUUUCUUUCUUUUAAUUUAAAACAAAAACAUUACAAUGGUAAUAAUUUUUUGGAAAGCAAACAAAAAAAAACCUCAUGUGGAAGAUAGGUGUGUUAUGGAAAAUACUAUGUUUUUUAUUUUUUAAAAGAAGAAAACACAUUUAAGAUAAUGGUGAUUUCCUGUUGUAGCAUUGAGGCAGUGAAACUUCCCCAAAUGUGUGAUUCUGAUGAGGCUCCUUCAGAUCUGCAGAAAAGGCUUUUCCCCAAAAAGGAAGAUACCAAAAUCAAAUGGGGGAGUGGCAUUUAGCGUUUGGUUGUUGCUCUUCAUAAGAAAAGGGACCAUAUUCCAGAGAGCUGUUGGAUUGGUUCCUACACUGCUUUAAGCUAUAGUCAAGCUUUGCUAUGGUUGAAAGGCCACUUCUUGCUGCUGCUGGGGAAGGGAAGAAAUUUGAUCGGUUUGCAUUUAGACGUGAACUUGCUUAAUUCGGUUUCUGAAAUAAUAUGUAAACUGAAACAUAGCCGUUCUUCAAAAUUCACACCUCUCCCAAUUGUGCACUGUUGUUCUCCAGCCAAGUAAUGUGUGUGGGAAAUGCAUAUAGCAGACCAAUGUGUGCAUAUAAAUGAAUACACUAGUGUACAGAACAUGCAAAAAUGCAUUACGGUACGAUGGCGAUUUAUGCCAGGGUUCAGUUCCAAGGGUACAACCAACCCAUAGCUGGAGGGAGAGAGAGAGAUAACCAAGUAUGAGGCAGAGAGUCUAGCAGCUCUUUUUGUGCCAAGAAACCCCAAGCAGACCUGGCCUCCCAAAAGGUUUUAAGCUCUCUGUCUUGUUAGAGAGGCAAGAGACGCUCAGCACAUUGGCUACAGGUGUGCUUGUGUGAGAUCUCGCAGGAGCUGGGAUGGCCUCACGAGAGCAUCCCAGAGUUGAUGUACUGAGCUUCCCCCCAAGCAAGGAGGAGAGCUUUAAAGCUCUUCCCAUGCAUAGCAACCCCAAGCGGACUCCAUGCAAAAAGAGCUUUUCAGUUAUCCCCAUUGCUUGGAUUUAACUCGUGCAAUUUCAACCAGCCUGCCUUCAUAGAACUGCAGAGUUGGAAGAGACCCCGAGGCUCAUUUAGUCCAACCUCCUGUAAUGUAGGAAUCGACUACAUAGGGUUGAAAUUGCACAUGAGUUAGAUGCUGGUAAGAUGGGAUUGUACUGUAUAGUAAGCAAAAUUGAUUUGCAAUAAAAUAUAGGCAGAAUAGCACACACAAAACGUAUGUGAGAAGAAAUCCACACUAAUGUGCCAAUGAAUUUUCACGAAGGCUUGAAAAAUAAAUUAAUAAAUUGUAAACGGAUGUGGAAAACUGAACUUAAGACUGGGAAAAGGAGAUAGCAAAAGAGAAACCAAAACUGACUGAUUUCCCCAUCCCUAUCUGCUGCCACCCUACACAGAGCUAAGCCAUGGUUUCGCUUAACCGUACAUCCGAACCCAGGAUCAUGGUUUGUUUUGCUCAGUCAGAUCAUGAGGUGUAAGCCAAGAGCAAACUUUGGUUAUAGUUCAUGGCUUUUUUUGUACAAAGACCAAGGUUCAGACAUAACACUAAGCAAAAACCAUGACUUAGGUCCAGCCGAGAUGGCAGGAGCUAAUGGUAGGGCCGGCCCAGCCUCUUUAAUGUGCCUCAUCUGCUUCCCACAAUGCAACUCUUAAUAAUAAUAAUAAUAAUUUAUUAUUUAUACCCCGCCCAUCUGGCUGGGUCCCCCCAGCUACUCUGGGCGGCUUCCAACAAAACACUAAAAUACAAUAACCUAUUAAACAUUGAAAGCUUCCCUAAACCGUGCCCAGACUCCACCCCUUCACCUUGCCUCACGGCCAGCCCUCCUCUGGGAUGGGGUGAUGGUAGCCCUUUUCAAGGACUAUUCUCUUGUUUGGAAAAACCACACCUUUGGGGAAGCUUCACUGCCUUACGUGGUUGUGUUUGUGACUUAGCAUUGUGAACUGGUUGGAUGUGUAAGCGCCGUUCUUAUAGUGUACUCCUGCAAAGGAGAGGGAAGGGGUGUUGCCAAGCCACCAUCAAGGAUAUGUGCCAACGUGGGGCGUACAUAUUCUCUCUCUCUCUCACACACACACACCCCAGAUAGGCAACUUCUUCCACUCCUUCCCAGAGGAGAAAGAGAAAAGAUUUUAAAAAUGGAGCAAAGAAACAUUCACCAUCACACACACACGCAACAGCGCGGAACAAACGUUUGUAAAUAUUCUGGAAUUCUCUUGACUUGUGAAAAGGAGGUUUUUAAAUGUUAUUUAAUUAAUUCUAUAUUGCGGACAAUUGCUAUAAAAUAAAAAGGGGGUAAAAACA